AGCCCAACAAGCAGCGGCCGUGUCUCAGACUCAUCGUCAGACUCAGAGACGCCUCAGGCUGAACCUGGAGCUGCUGCUGCCAGCAAAGAGGACUCAGAGUCGUCUCAGAGCUGUGCGGUGGUUUUGGAAAACGUCACAGACAACAUGUCCACAGAUCUGCUCUCCAUGCUGGUGGAGAACAUCUGCAGGUUGGAUGAGAACGGCUACAGCAUGGAGAGGAUCCUGGAAUCCAACAAAGCUGUGGUCACCUUCAGCAGCCCUGCAGACUCAGAGUCGUCUCAGAGCUGUGCGGUGGUUUUGGAAAACGUCACAGACAACAUGUCCACAGAUCUGCUCUCCAUGCUGGUGGAGAACAUCUGCAGGUUGGAUGAGAACGGCUACAGCAUGGAGAGGAUCCUGGAAUCCAACAAAGCUGUGGUCACCUUCAGCAGCCCUGCAGAUGUGGAGAGAUUCCUCUCUGUAAGCCAGACCAGCUCAAAGAUGAAGAAGCAUGGACUGACCGCUCGGCCUCUGGAGGCGGCAACGAACAUCCGAGUGGAGAGUCUUCCUCCGACUGUGGUGAAAGACAUACUGGAGUUGUAUUUUGAGAAGACUUGGACUCAUCCCAAAAACAUCAUCAUGAUCCCAAAAGAAAAGGCUGCCAUCAUCACUUUCAGUGAUCCUAAAGUUGUGGAAAAGAUUUGCGUUAAAAAAGACCUCGAGUUGAAGUCUAUCACAGUGAAGGUAUAUCCAUACUAUGAGUCACUGGGAACCGCCUUGUACAGCAAAGAACGCCCAACAUGGAAGAUGCCCGAGCCCUUCACAGAGCCUGUUCACCACAUUAUCUGGAAAUUCCUUGUGGAGAAGAAACUAUCAGAACACAUCAAUGAUCAGAUGCGUCCACACUUCUGCAGAGUGGAUUUGAAUGGCCCCGACGUGAAACUCAGCCCUGUGCCGGAGUUUUUGAGGCAGCAAGGUCUGACUGCAGAACAUUUAGAAAACUGGAUGAGUAAGGCCCAACAUGCCUUCCGUCACCUGAUGUCUCAGUACAGAGCAUUCAUAUGUCACGUAAAUACACCGGGAUGGAGAGCUGCAGAGAAAGAUGUCCGUUCGGUUGUGAAGGAAGAUGCCAUCCUGGUGCUGGAUGCAUCACAAGGGGUUCUGACUGUUGCUGGCCGAGCUGAUGAUAUAAAACGAAUCAGGGCUCCUGUGGAGAAGAU